AUGACGAACUUGGCUAAGCUUGAAUAUGCUGCCCUGGACAUUACCGGGAAGAAUUACCUUACUUGGGUACUUGAUACCAAGAUCCAUCUGGAAGCGGGGAAUCUUGGAGAUACCAUCAGGGAAGAAAGCAACUCAUCUUCUCAAAAUCGGGCGAAGGCUAUGAUCUUUAUUCGCCGCCAUCUUGAUGAGGCACUAAAGAGUGAGUACUUAACGGUUGAAGAUUCGUUAGCUCUCUGGGAGGCCUUGCGAAGCAGAUAUAAUCACCAGACAACAGUGAUUCUUCCAAAAGCUCGCUAUGAGUGGUCUCACCUGAGAAUUCAGGAUUUCAAAUCAGUGGCGGAGUACAAUUCUGCGUUGUUCAGGAUUACCUCUCAGAUGAAGCUCUGUGGGGAUACCAUUACUGAUGAAAUAUUGCUGGAAAAGACUUACAGCACAUUUCAUGCCAAUAACGUUCAGAGGCAUAAUUCUGGCCCGAGCUUCAAAAAUGUGAAUCGUCACAAAGGCAAAGCUAACAUGACCAAUGCUCCCAGGAACUCUGAAGGAGCCUGCCAUAGGUGUGGUGGCAAUGGGCAUUGGGUGCAAACUUGUCGUACCCCAAAACAUCUGGUGGAGUUGUAUCAAGCCUCCCUCAAGAAGAAGGGUGUCGAGACCAAUUUUCUCGACCAGGAUAAACCAAUAGAUAUACAUGAUCCAGUGUUUGAUUUAUCAGGGCAAUUUGACGCAACUCACCUAGAUGUUUCAGACUUCAUUACGGAAAGGGGGAAUGAAGUAUAUCGGUCCGACUAA